AUGGGGGCUUGCUGCCAGUCCUCCCGAGCUGCAGAGGAGGAUGACCAGGGUUUGCACGAGCAGCUGGCAGACAUGUGGGUCGUGAAGGUGAGCGAUGUGCUCCAGAUGCGGGGCGUUCCGAAAUGUCACCAGGAGCUUCGGCAGUCCAAUUUGUUGGUCAAGCACUCGCCCAGCUUCUUGACCAUCUUUGUGUCGCAUCAGUGGUUGGGCGAUGAUCAUCCGGAUUGUCGUGGGAUGCAGUUUCGCAUCUUCCAGAAGGCUUUGAAGAACGUGCUCGAUGGCAGCAUCAAGCUGGAGUUGGAUGCAACUUCGCAGUUCUUCGGCCACAUGAAGACUCUGUCGGCCGAGUACCGCAAGAAGUUGAAGGAUGCGUACCUGUGGAUGGACUGGUUUUGCGUCCCGCAGAUAGUGCAUGAGACCGACACUGUAGAUCGUGAGCGAGUUCGAGAGGAAGCAGGCCGCUGCAUCCGUUCUAUCCCGCUCUACGUGGAAGCAUGUCAGAUCUUCGCGGCCGUGGUGCCAAAGCAAAUGCACCGAGACACCCAGGAGUUUUGCAGCUACUUCACUUGGCUGAACCGGGGAUGGUGCCGUGCAGAGAUGUGGUGCAAGCUCCUUUCGAACAGGUCCGACAUACCCAUCGUAGUGAUCACUUCAACCGACCAGGUGGAAUUUGCAAUGCCGAUGCAGUGGCUCAAGUCCCCAGUUCAUAAGGGCACCUUCUCGUUGGAGAGCGAUCGUGUGGCUGUGUGCAAGUUCAUCCAGGAAGCCCUGGAUUACAAGCUGGCAAGGCUGUCCAGGCAGAAGAACUUGGACAUCUACCGAUAUUUCGCUGCAAGAUAUACAGAUUUCCUCGGCUUGCCCAAGAAGCGAAGGAGUCUUCCCGAGUUUCUCAGCUACUUCAACUUUCCAUCCAUGGAGGCUGCGGUGAAGCAGAAGAAAGGCAUGGGAGCUAUGGCCUGCGCAGCAUUGAGCGGUGACGCGGGGUUGCUCCGGCAACUGGCAGAGGCGAAAGCUCCCAUGGACACAAAGCUGCGUGAGAUUUCAGAGCUGGACGUGCUGCCGGACUGGACGCCUUUACAUCUCGCGGGCGUGCGGGACGACGAGGAUGCCGAGGCGGUAGCGGCACUCUUGGAGCUCCGAGCAGAUCCCAACAAAGUGAACAAGUUGGGGCAUCCUAUUCUCGGGACUUGCGAGAGCGUACGUGCAAUCGAGCUCCUCGUGCAGUACCGGGCUGACAUCAAUCAGAUGAAGCCGCUGACUAUGUCAACUCCUCUGACUCUGGCAUGCCUCCGGUGUCCCGAACCUGCUGUGGUCGCAAAGCUCCUGGAGUUGCGCGGCGACGUGAACUUGAUGAAAGGUGGGAUCGGCUUGACACCACUCCACUCCUUAGCCAUCUACUCUCACGGAAAUCCUCACUCCUUGAAGGUAGCAGAGAUGCUGAUCGCCGCCAGGGCAGACCUCGAUUGCCGGGCGAAGGCCGGUCUGCUGUUUCGGUCCGUCGAGCUUACCUGCCGGCUCAUUAUGCGCAUUCGAAAGGAGCCUCCCCUCAUCGUGAGAGUGAUGGGGGACGGGAGCACGACACCGCUUGGCUUUGCAGCAUUGUUUGGUGGUGAUGCUCUCUUGGACUAUCUUCUGGAUGAAGGCGCUGAUCCACAGGUUUGCAACCAUAGAGGACUGACGCCGCUUGAGUUGUCCAGGCACUCGGCCGUGUACAACGUCCUCUCCCACCGUACGAGCACUGGCUCUACAAGCAGCACCUUGGCGUCCCCUCCCCUUUCGCCGAUUUUGCCGCGGUCGCCGCGGUCGCCGCCGUUACCAUCACCUCUUGGCCCGGUCUCCCCGACGAGCAAUGCGUCGGCGUCGAAGGAGCUGGCCAGCAUGGAAGAACGUGAAGAAGAUUCAUACUGUGUGAUGAUGGACUCCGUGGCAUUGGAGAGGCCACCAGCUCCACAGACAGAAAGCCGUGGUACGGAAAGCUUCAUCAUCACUUCGCUUUAG